CAGCAUGGUCCGAGCAAGAAGGAUAGUAAAAAAGCCUAGAGCAAAGAAGCAACAAGAAUAUGACAGCGAUGAUGAAGCUUAUAAAGACGAAGUCAUUCCAGAUAAGAAAUCGUCAAAGUAUGUGGAGGAUAAGAUAGAUCAAUUCCACAAUGAAAAAAUCUCAAAACUUUUGGCUCAAGGGAUUCAAGAAGACGGCGAUCAAGAGGAUGAAGAUAAAGCGGAGGAGAUCAUGCCCCUGACACUUUCUGAUUCGGAUGAUGAUGAAGAGGAGGAGGAAGUGCAGGAAGAGGAUAAUGAAGAGGAGACAGACAUGGAGAGUGACCUGGAAGGAAAGCAAGAUGAUGAUCUCCCAAAUGACAUGGCUUGGGGAAACAAAAAGAAGAUUUUCUAUGAUUCUGAUUAUAUCACUAAAAAGGGCAAAUCUCUUGAAGACAUGGAGGCAGAAGACAAAGAAGAGGAAGAGGAGGCCAAAAAAAUUCAAAAGAGAUUGGCAGCCAACCUAAGUGAGGAAGACUAUGAUCUAAACCUGCUCGAGGAGUUUGCAGCAGAGGCUGAAGUGGAGAAGGAGGUUGAAAAAGAGGAAAGGAUUGUAAAGGAUCUGAAGACCAUGUCACAGAAGGAAAAGCUCAAACAGCUUAAGAAAGAAUCCCCAGAGUUGUUGGAACUUAUUCAGGACUUCAAAGCGAAGCUUACAGAAUUGAGGGAUGAAGUUCAGCCCCUUGUGGAGAUGGUCAAAGAUGGACAGAUUCCUCCUGGAAAGGGUGCAAAAUACCUCAUUACCAAACAGCAGCUUUAUCUUAAGUAA